AUGGCACCUAAUCACGAUGUAAGUUUUGACAACACCUAUGUAGAUGCAUGUUUUGACAAUACCUUUGCCGAGGAUCGUGCAGGUAGGGAGGAUCGUGCAGACAGAACAACGACACAAUAUGGUAAUUUUGAACCAUGGCAACCUAUGUGGUUCCCACCUAGAACCACACAUAAACCUACAACUACAGCUGGAACUGCAACGCCACCUGAAGGUCGAAGUGUUCGUUUACCACUCAAUUUAUAUCCAGUUUCAUAUGAUCUAGAACUUCAACCUUUUAUAUAUGAUAGAAAUCCAGCCGACUUCUAUUUUAAAGGAAAAGUUAAAAUUGAAAUGGAAUGCAAGAGAUCAACAAAUGAAAUAGUUCUACAUAGCAAUAAGCUUAACAUUACGACAAGUUCUAUGACGAUAACACCAAUGUCAUCUGGACAGGGUAUAAUAAAUCCUACAAUAGAAUUUGACACUGUCAAUCAGUUCCUGAUUUUGAAAACAAACACUCAAUUUAUUGUCGGGUCGAUCUAUACUGUUUACAUUGAGUUCACUGGACCUUUACUUCCUGAUCUGGCUGGCUUUUAUCAAAGUUCAUACAAACGUGGAAAUAAUACUAUUUAUAUUGCAACAACACAGAUGCAGCCAACAGACGCACGAAAAACAUUUCCAUGUUUUGAUGAGCCGGCAGUCAAAGCAAAAUUUAAAAUUACACUUGUACGCAAACAACACAUGGUUUCACUGUCAAACACACCAAUAACUAGUAAUAAUACCAGGGGAAAUGGAUGGAUCGCAGAUUCCUUUGAAGUUACACCAAAGAUGUCAACUUAUUUAUUGGCUUUCAUAAUAUGUGAUUUCAAAUACACAGUAGAAACUACUAAAAAUAACGUGAAGUAUAGAGCAUGGGCACGCCCGGAGGCGGUUGGUCAAACUCCAUACUCUUUAGAUGUUGGCGUCAAAUGCUUAACCUAUUUUGAAGAAUACUUUGAUAUUCCAUUCCCUCUACCGAAGUCAGACAUGAUAGCUGUACCAGAUUUUGCUGCCGGUGCUAUGGAGAACUGGGGACUAAUUAUUUACAGGGAGACGGCCAUGUUGUAUGAUCCAAUGGAGUCAGCAGAGACAAACAAACAGAGGGUAGCUGUAGUCGUCUCACAUGAAUUGGCACAUCAAUGGUUUGGAAACUUAGUGACGCCAUCUUGGUGGGAUGAUUUAUGGUUGAAUGAAGGAUUUGCCAGCUUUGUUGAAUACAUGGGAGUCGAUCACGUCCAUCCUGAUUGGCUGAUGUUUGAUCAAUUCGUGGUUGAAGAUUUACAGGACGUUUUCAAUCUGGAUGGUUUGGUAACCUCACAUCCUAUCUAUGUACCAGUCGCUCAUCCAAGUCAAAUCAAUGAAAUCUUUGAUGGAAUUUCAUACAAAAAGGGUGCAACUGUGAUAAGAAUGCUGAGGUUCUUUCUUGGAGAAGAAACAUUUAGAAAGGGACUUCAAAGAUAUCUUAAAGAACAAGCAUACGGAGCUGCGUUUCAUGACGAUUUGUGGAAAGCUUUAUCAGAGCAAAGCAUAGCAGAUGGUAAACCAGAAAGAGUUCAAAAUGUCAAACAGAUUAUGGAUACUUGGACACUGCAGAUGAAUUUUCCAACUGUGUUCAUGGAGAGAACAGGAGAUAAUGUAAGAAUAAGCCAGUCUAGAUAUCUACUAGAUAAGAAUGCUACAGAUCCAGGAACAUAUACGUCGCCGUUUGGAUAUAAAUGGGAAAUACCUUUUACAUUCACUAGUAAAUCAACUUCUUAUUUCAACCAAUCAUACGCUGACAUUAGCUGGAUGGGAAAAGAUGGAGAAGAUGUUGAACUUAUAAAUGCAUUGUCUGGUGAAUCGAUGGAGAACUGGUACCUCGGGAAUGCUAUGCAGUAUGGAUACUACAGGGUUAACUAUCCAGAGAGCAACUGGCAAAAAUUGAUCCAACAAUUAAAGACUGAUCUGACUAAAAUUCAUCCAAUACAUAGGGCUCAGAUUAUAAAUGAUGCGUGGAACUUGGCCAAAUCAGGUGACCUAAGGAUGAAUAUAGCCCUUCAAACAGUUGAAUACUUGUCGACUGAAGAAAAUAUUUUACCGUUUUGGGCGGCUUCGGGGGAAUUAAGUUAUGUUGAUGGAAUGCUUGAAAGAACAGCCUUAUAUGGAAACUUCUCUAAAUUCAUGAAAGCAACGUAUACAAUUCCUUUCAAUAAGCUUGGAAUGGACAACUCCGGAUCAAGUCAUUUAGAAAUAUUCUUGAGAAGAACUGUUGUUGCACAUGCAUGCAAAUAUGGUAAUGAUGUUUGCAUUGAAAAUGCUAGGAAGCUUUUUAAAGAGCUAAUGGACACAGCAGAUGGAAUUAAUCCAAUUGAUGUUAAUCUGCGAUCGACUGUGUACUGUAUAGCAAUACAAUACGGGGGUGUAGAGGAAUGGGAUUUUGCAUAUAAAAAAUAUAAGACAUCUGAUGUUGCUACAGAAAAGGCUGCUUUGUUGAUUUCGUUAUCCUGCAGCAGGGAUGUUUGGGUCUUAAGCAGAUUCCUAGGAUAUACAUUAAUGCCCGAGGAGAUUCGAAAGCAGGAUGCAGUUUUCAUCAUUGUUUAUAUAUCAAGAAAUGCUAUUGGUAGAUCUUUAGUAUGGGAUUUUUUCCGGGGAAACUGGGAUUUAAUUUUUAAACAGUAUGGCGGUGGUUCGUUUUCAUUUUCACAUCUGAUCACUGGUAUUACAGCUAAAUUUAACACAGAGUUUCAGUUACAAUCGGUCAGAAGCUUUAAAGACAGUGUUCCAGAUCUUGGUUCAGGAGCCAGAGCUUUUCAACAGUCCAUUGAGAAAAUAAACUUUAAUAUUAAAUGGAUGGCCAAAAACUAUAAGAUAGUACAGGAUUGGUUAAAAAAACUGUCGUAA